CUUGCCUUUGUUGUGGGAUCCGCUUUGCACUGUGGCGAGGAGGCUUGCCUGGGACCCCUGCCGGGUGCACCGCCUGGGGUGGCGUUGGGGGCGCGCCCUAUGAGGGCGUGCUCACCAAAUGGCAAUAGGAGUUUUUCCAGAGCCCAGCUACAACGCACUGUGACUUAGAGUGGCAGGCUUGGUGAGCAGUUCAGGCUCUAUAUUUGUAACAUCACACCAUUGUCUCCUGAUUGGACCAUUUUCAAGAACUCACAUCCGUUUUCAUACAGCUUAAAAGCGAGGGGAGAGGCGAAGCACAGAGAGCAGCAGAUCAGACCAUACUGAGCUCCCUUAGAGCGGCUGAGACCCGUGGAGGAUGCUGGCUGCCAAGUGGCUGAGGAGGGCCUCACUCUAAGGUGGGAAAGCAGGUCUCAGCGGGACAGCUUCCUCUGCUCCUGGGCUCACCAUGGCCUUCACUCUUUGGCUGGACGGCUGAUGUGACUGUGUGCCCCAAGUGUGCACGCUGCUGGACUGGGUGCUGUCCCAGGUACUGCCUGCUCUCAGGGUCUGGGAGCAGAGCAGGUGGGCAUCAGAUGCUACCAAAAGCCGGACGGGGCAGAGCGAUGGACUCCGACAAGCUAAGAUGGAAGUGACCUGAGGCCUCGCCCAGGCGGUUUCCUCUUGACAGGAUAGCUUAAGAGUUGGAGCACAGGCUUGUCUGGGGAGCAGUAUGCAGGAAGCUGGUUUUCAGGCCACAAAUGCUUUCACAGAGUGCAAAUUCACCUGCACCAGCGGUAAAUGCUUGUAUCUUGGUUCACUGGUCUGUAACCAACAGAACGACUGUGGGGACAACAGUGAUGAAGAAAAUUGUCUCCUGGUGACGGAACAUCCACCGCCUGGCAUCUUCAACUCGGAGCUGGAGUUUGCCCAGAUCGUCAUUAUCGUUGUGGUGGUCACGGUGAUGGUCGUGGUCAUCGUCUGCCUGCUGAAUCACUACAAAGUCUCCACACGGUCCUUCAUCAACCGCCCAAAUCAGAGCAGAAGGCAGGAGGACGGGCUGCAGCCGGAAGGGCGCCUGUGGCCUUCAGACAGCUCCGGCCCUCGGCCAGGGGCCUCAGAGAUCAUGUAUGCCCCGAGGUCCAGGGACAGGUUUACUGCCCCAUCCUUUAUCCAGAGGGACCGGUUCAGCCGUUUCCAGCCCACCUACCCCUACGUGCAGCAUGAGAUCGACCUUCCCCCCACCAUCUCCCUGUCUGACGGGGAGGAGCCGCCUCCUUACCAGGGGCCCUGCGCCCUGCAGCUCAGGGACCCGGAACAGCAGAGGGAACUCAACCGAGAAUCUGUGAGGGCCCCGCCCAACCGAACCAUAUUCGACAGCGAUUUGAUAGACAUUUCCGUGUACAGUGGGGGCCCGUGUCCGCCGAGCAGCAACUCGGGCAUAAGUGCCAGCACCUGCAGCAGUAACGGGAGAAUGGAGGGGCCGCCCCCGACGUACAGCGAGGUGAUGGGCCACUACCCGGGCGCCUCUUUCUUCCAUCACCAGCACAGCGGCGCACACAGGGGGAGCAGACUGCCGUUUCAGCAGGACAGCUCGGGGGCCACGGUGCUGCCCAUUCAGGGCAAAGACAGGAAGCCCGGGAACCUCGUCUGACCCUCCGGCGUGCUCAGGAGGAGGAAGAAACCGAGGAGGGAGGAGGGCCGCACUGCCUCCGCCCCCAGGCACGGUGUUGUUCCGUUUCACGUGCUACAAAGAAGUAAAACCAAAUGUGCAAACGUGGUCUUUGUUUCUGAUUCCUUUCAGGGGAAUUGCAUGCAGACUAGACUGAAAUAAUACAAACUUCCAUCCGGUCUGACCGCGAACAGUGUUUAUUUGGGGACGGGCGUCAGGACGGGGGUGGGGGCUGGUUUUGGCAGAGGGCGGGCUUGGGAACACAGAGAAAGGGAUGCUUGGAAGAUAUCAUGAAAUAAAACCUGCAGAGGUAUUUGAUUUAUUUAAUUACGAAAGGAGACUUUGCAGAGAAAGAGGCCAGAAUGGCCCGUUUUAUAAUUAAAUUGACAAAGAAGGAUGCAUUAUUAUAUAUUAUCAUGGGGAAGUAUCGGCCAGUUUGCUUUUUCUCCCAAGGUGUGGAACUUUUAUUUUGUUUUAAAAAUAUGAUUCAAAAUUCCUGUUUUGUGUGCCAAGGUAACAAGUGAAGAAGUAUGCAAGGAGUUAAUUUGUGUUGUGAUGAUGUGUUUUUAAAAGUUGCACUAUCUAAAUGUUUAUAUAUGAGGGGACUGUUCCAUGUGAAGUUCUGUAUGUUGUCUUCUCACCUGUGGAUUAUUAUUAGGCCCAAGGAAUACCUGGAGUGUUCCCCAUAAUCACCCAAGAAAAGCUGUUUGGGGAUGUAGCCUAACAUAUGCCAACUUACCUAAAUCAAGGAAGUCAUUACCGUUGCAAGAGUCCGCCUCACAUAGCAGGGCGUCACUGAAACAUUUGGAGACUUCUGGAUGGAGCAUAGGAAAUACUAAACCCCAGCGUUUCUGAGUUGUUGAGUUACUCUGCUAGUCUUAGGCUGCAUAUUUGAUUAACUUUGACCCUGACACAUGCAUUUAUGUACCCGGUAUCAUGCCAUGCUGCCCGUCCUCCCGUGGUGCAGUUUCUUCAGUAAUUUAGAGGGUUUUUUUUCACUGUAGCAUGAAAUAUACUCAGAUACAUACAUUAUUUUAUGCAAUAAAUUGUUUAAAAUGCAAGGUGGUUAUUUUUAAUACUGUUGAAAUAUGUGACUUCUCAGUGUAUUCCCAUUUUCUCUCUCCUUUUCUAGAUAGGUAGUUCAGUUCAGGCCUGGACGGCUGGUCAGGGCUCUGGAGGCCCUCAACAGUGAGCCACUACCUGGCCACGGUGUGCAAGUGAUGCCUCCAGCGGCUUCUUCAUGCGCAGAGGCCCCCGGAGCAGAUGAGAGCCCACCGUGGUGCGCUCUUGGAGGCGUGCGGUGCUCAGAACCCAGCCCGGCUCCUGGGGGAGCUUCCUCAGCUCCCCAGACCAUUACCCAACAGCUCAGGGCGGGGGAGCGACUGGCAGUGCACAGGAUAAAAAGCACAACACGUAGUUCAAUGCAACUAGAAAGCCAGUUUUAAAUACUGCUAGUCUUAGCUUUACUAUUCCUGAUAUUUACGAACAUUUGCUCUUACGUAGAAUAGAUAACUUCUUGUGUGGAAGCCAGCAUCUGGCCCGUGCGAGGGCCGUAGCCUCUGGGUUUGGCCGGCACCAGGCCAUGGGAGGGCUCGUCCCCUUUGGCCUCUGUGUGUAAAACAAUGAAUUUGGAAUGAUGGCUCAGUGACUCUGAUCUCUGCAGUUUUCAUGCUGAAUCGGCACAUGUGUGUUCAUGUCUGUCUGUAGGUCUCUGGGGUGGUUUCUCAGGGAGGUGACUUUGUGCUGUGGGCUAAGAGCUGGAGAACGUUCUGAACGACAAGUCCUGUCCGCUGCUCCUUUCUGCUACUUCUCUUGGUCAGUAGGUGGCCAGUUUUUGUUUUGUUUUGAGGACUGGAAUCUCCAUUAGACUCAUCCGUUUCAUACAGUAACCUCCGCAGAACUAGUCACUCUUGAAAGAGAGAGAAAACAUGGGCAGCAGUUGCCACUCGGGACUCAGACCCUGUUUGGAGGUGUGUGUUCUGGGGGCUGCCUCAGCGAUUCCAAGACUGGGCAGAUCCCCAGGAGCCUGGAGUCAGACCCAGAGACUGCCUCUCCCAUGCCCCAGGCCCUCCCGCAGCUCAGCUCACUGCCUGGGUUACAGGCCUGUGCUUAAGAAAGCUGGGCAUCCCCUGGGCAUGAAGCCUCGCCUCGCCUUGCAGGGGAAUGUUAGCACCUGACCCAGUGUGGACCCCAUGGGUGGGGGCUCAGGGUAGGUUAGGUGUCCUGUCAGAUGCAAAAGGAGAAGGUUAGUCAUCAUUUAAACCUCACCUGCAAUUUUGGUGCAGUGGCGAGCCGCUUUAUAUAGCUCCUGCUCAGAACGAUUUCACAGCCCUCUUCCUACCUGCUACAGGAAGGAGCUAUGGUCAGAAGCUGGUAAAUUUCUUAGUCACCUUGCAAGUUUAUGAAUGUUUUGCAGAUGUCCACAAUAACUGGCCAAGCAAUUCUUUAAUUCAAAUAACUUUAAUCCUUCAAAAGAGGUUCCUCCCAUUCGGUCACCCUAGAGAAUUGCCCUUUGAGUUAUAUAAAGACACAGACCUAUCAAACCAUGACUUGAUGGUCUUUGAAGCUGAACCUCAGCGAUGAAUUAGUUUGAAAGCCAAGGUCAUGAAUUAAUAGUCAAUUUCCUUCGACAUGGGGAAAAGGUGAUUUAGAUCCGUGGCGUCUUGGAAGGUGUGGCUGCCCUGUUCGUACCAUGUUACCCCCUCACUGGCCAGGUGAGGGACAAGGGGUGAUGUGAGGAGGCAGCUUCUACAGGGGCUCAACCUUCAAGAAGCCCAUGUGCUUAGGAGACCCACAGCUCUGGCUUAGGAACCUGUGAUUUAGGUGAUCCAUGGCAGGUUUACUAUUUCAGGAGGGUGUUAAGAUGAAGGAUUGCGUUGUUCAAAGGAACAGGGGUGGGAACUGGUGUUCCCGGGCAUCCGGCUGUCACUUCCAGCGGCUGUCCCCAGACUUCCAGGAGCAGGAAACCCAAGGCGUGUUGACUCCUGUUCCUAGAAACAGUCUCCAGGGGUGUAUUUGCUCUUUCGGAAGGUCUGUGGGCGUCAGUCGCCAAAGCAGUCCUUAGUGCAAACGAGAUGUUGCUAAACAAACUGUGUAAUUAAGUAAACAUAGCUCCAUUCUUGGUGUCCCUGACCAAAAUUUAGUGUUAAGGAGUAGACAAGCAUGUCCUCUGUCCUUCCCCACCACAUAUGCACAUGGACACACAGCGCACAAGGAAUUUCAAGAUGGCCGAAGAGAGUAUUUAAAACUUAACAAAGACUUGUCAUGAGGAGGGCCUCAUGUGUAUCUGAUUUUAGCUCAAACUCUUCAAGAGGACGGGGGCUGACAGGAGGCCUUCAGAAGCCCCGGCGUAGGGAUGUGGUGCCCAGAUGAGCAGGCCUGGGGCUUCUGAACACCUUCAUUUGAUCAUCUUCACCUUUAUUCUAUUUUCGUAAGAAUGAGAAGGGCUCAAACAGCAUGCCCUGCUAGAAAGCUGCUCUGACCUAGAAGAAUCUGAUGGGAUCACAGCCUUCCCCUGAGAAGCGGAGUUGCCCACCCCCCCCCACCCCCGCACAGGGCCCUCCUGCACCAUCCGUCCGGUUGCUUUUCUGACUAGGAGUGCCUGUAGAAGGGUCCUGGUGGGGUCCUCAGGGGCACGGCUGGGAGCCACUGCCCCACGGGCUCCCCGCCUGCAGCCUCCAUCGGGUGUUUGCUGUGCCAGGGUUCCUCCUUGAGGUUCGCUAUAUAGAGCGGUACCAUUAACUGCGUGUCGUCCCCUAUGCUGUUCAUUUUUCUUCAGAUUUCCAAAGCUCAGAAGUGUGCAAAGGGGGGGGGGGACUGGGAAGGACACUUGGAUUUUGUUAACUUUUUGGUUUUGUCUGUGGCUAAAGCAAGACAUAUGCCCAUGCUUGGCACCAAGGCUUUGUAUGGUGACAUGCCCCCCAAGACCACCUCCCCUCUCUGCAGGGGCCCCCGUCAUGGCUGAAGGGCCCAGCGCAGGCUCCGUUCUGCUGAUGUUCACCCAGAUUACCUCGGCCUUGGUGAACCUAAAUAAAAUGACAUGAUUGGGUGACAGGCUGGCAAGUCACCCCUCCAUAGUGUGAGCAACACUGUAUCCACCAGUGCCCACCAGUCACAGAUGAAGAAACCGCUUUGGCCCCAGACCACAAGAGCUGGUCUCCGCAGCUUUGCGGCUCCCCUAACUGGGACCAGCUGCCAGAGGCCGGCCAGAGGACCUUGCAAAAUACUCCUGCCUCGCCAUACCCUACAUUUUUCAGGAACCAAGAUUUCAGCCGAGGUUAUUUUACUACCCAAAGUACUGCGUCUUUUGCGUAGUUCAAGUUUGUAAUUUACUGCCAGGGUUGGACAGUCGUUUGCUGCUGCUGCUGCUUCCCAGGCCGGCUUCAUCAGGAAGCUGGCGUGUGUGAGUCGGAAUGCCUUGCUGAGAAAGCGCUGCCUCCCUCUGAUCCCCUUCCCUUCCUGGGCGUGUGCUUGUUUGUGUGCCGUGUGGUGGGGGUACAGACGCACUACUCGCAUGUCGCGUCGCCCGUGGCAUUCCAAAGAGCUCUGCAUGCCGGUUGUUUUGAAGCCCCCACGGGGUCUCCCGCUGACUUCAGCAGGCCCAGGAACCGAGCCCCCCACCACCGCACUCUGCUCCCACUUUGUUGUGCCUCACUCACAAUGGUGCUUUUUCAGUUGUCUGUCUUCUCUUAUGUUUUUAUUUGUAAGGUGCUGUAUAUAACUUGAAUAUAUUAUGCACAUAUCCUACCCAAUGGGUAGAACAAAAAAUUGUUAAUACUGUAAUAUAAUGUAUAGAUACUGAUUUUAACAAAAAUGGCAUAGAAUUUGUGAAUGCCUAUGUGCUUUGUCCUCUUUUGUAAGGAAAUUUGCAAAUGGAUGCAUACAGAUAAAAGUCUAUGUAGUUUAUUUUCCUAUUAAAUAUCAAUAUUAUAACACAAAGGAAAGAAGUCUGAACAAGCAAGCCUCUGUUUAUGACCAGCAUAUGUAUAGCCAUUGAGAGUUGCAUCUUUGCUGUGAAAACCCUUUAAAAAAUAAUUUAAAAAGAAUCCCACAGCUUUUUGGUUGCCACUAGAUGCUUCUCGUUUUCAUCUCUUUAGUAAGGCUCAGUUGGACCAGUGUUAGAAGUCAGAAAAAAAAAAAAUGUUUUUUCAACUUGCUUCAUGAAAAGAUAUCUCAUGUUGUAGAAUAGCGGAGAUGUCAGGCCCCAGUGAGAAGUGUGUACUUCGUUAAAAUGGCAGAAAUUAUGUCCAAGCUCAGUAAAUUGGCCAGCAGCAGAGGACUGUAUUCAGUACAGAGGCGUUGGCAGCCAUCUGUGUCCCUAGUCUCUCUGUGCCUUUUUCUUUGACAAACUGCAGCUGCGGAGCCAAUGAACGCGUGUGUAGGGCACGAGUAUCUCAGGAAAAACAGAUCCACUGAGGAGAAGACCCCACUCUUAGAAGAACUCUUUUGUUUUGGGUUAUCAUUCACAGAGAAUUAGCUAUCAGCCGGUCAAGUGAAGAAUCUUCUAUCCAUUCCUGUUGGUGUCUCGUGGUGAUGUUGACAAGCGACGUUUUGCCAGCAUUAGGGAUUAACGUUUUCAGUCGCAUGUUUUGUC